GAGUAAACUUCUUACUUUGUCUUGCUACUCUACGUAACGGAGGGAAACUAACGGCGGUGGACUUUAGUCUCCCAACGCCUUUUAAACGGAAUAAAAAGACGUGGACCGUGUGGGAACAUUCUUCUUCUUCUUCUCCUGAAAGACAGAGAACCAGCAGUUGCAAAAUGGACCCAAGUAAAUCUCCCACGGCUCCUGAGAUGAACUACGGCGGUGAGAAGUCCCCCAUGGGCCAGGUGCCCCCUCCGGCCUACAUCGCCAGCCCCUACCCGGGCUACCCGCCUCAGCCCGGCAUGGGAUACCCGCCUCAGCCCGGCAUGGGAUACCCAGCACAGCCGCAGGGCUUCGGACCUCCACCACCUUAUGGGAAUCAAGCAUACGGACAUCAGCCACAUCCCAUGCAGGAGUACCCAGCACACCCGUCCACUGUCACUGUACACCAGCCUGUUGUGUACGUGACUCGGAGUCCACUGGCCGAGCCUGUCUCCGACUACAUGUGUUACUCCAUAUUCACCUUGAUGUGCUGCUGCCUGCCACUCGGCAUUGCUGCCCUCAUCUACUCUAUCUCAACUCGUGAAGCCAACCACUCCGGUGACCAGCUUGCAGCGGAGCGGAGCAGCAGGUUGGCCCGAACACUGAACCAUGUGGGCCUGGGACUCGGUCUUGCGGUUGUCAUCCUCAUGGCUGUCUACCUGGUGGUUAUUGCGACUGUCAUCGCCCAUUAAAUCAGCUUGAAAUUUGUUCCCAUAUUUCUUGUCCCCAUAAUCAGUCUACACCAGGUUGUCGAACCACGUCUGGAACAUGACCAUCAGAAAGGGCUUAUAUUUGCUAACAUGAUUUGAAGAUAAUCUUUUGAAGAGUUUCAGAUUUUUUUGUUGUUGUAAUUGGCCAUUUGUUUUAAAGAGACCUCAGAAGCAUUUUACAUUUUAAUUACGUUGUCAUUACGUUCCAACAAUGCAGAGUAACCACUUCAGCUUUACUGUAUUCACAUUCCAUCGACAAUUCUUUUUGUUUGUGAUUUGUUUAAUCACAAACUUUCUGUUAUCACACAUCUAAAAAAUAUGCUAUUUGGUCAUUCUUACACUUUAAUGUCCCAAAUUUGUGUCUCGGUUCCAUGUUGCUCUUUCACACAUGCAGACUUCAUGUUUCAUUCAAAGAAAGUUUUACAUUUUGUGUUCAAAUUGCAAAUGUUUAUUCAUGGUGCGGUUUUAAAGAGAUUUGUCUGGUUGUGUGACGGGGGGGGGGGCACUCCUGCCUUUUCAAAUUAUUUGUUGGCUGUAAAUAUGCACUAACACCCUUUAACCCACUUAGAAGUCUGCUCUGCUAGAAUCGCAAAAAGAAACGAGCAAAGUAAUGCCUUAAAAAUCACUCAAAAAAGGAGGGGUUUGAAGCUCACCCUGAUCAAGUGAAGAAAAUGGGUUAUAAUAAUAAUGUCUGUGUCUCAUCAGAUAGUCUCUGAGCUUAAUGUGCACACCACACAGGAAAGGCCUCCUCUUUAUUCCAAAUGAACAGGAACUCACAGCUUCUCUCAAUAUCAGCAGAAACUUGGCGGACACGACCAGUUUGUAUAUCAGGGGCUGUGGUUCUGUGUUUGAAAGUUGUGGUUUGUUAAGUCUCACUGGUUUAGUAUUGUUUUGUCAACCAAUGUCUGUUUGUGCUUUUCUUAACCAUAGCUGAAAUAAAGAUUUUACUUUGUACCAGAUUUCCUUAUAAAUAAAAGUGAAGUAUGUUGAGAGAAACA